AAAAGACGAUCUACAUCUGUUUUACAUUCAUUUACAUUCAGAACUUGUGGAACGUCCUUCCUCAGUACAAUACUACAAUGGCCGCCAAAGCUAUUCUUUUCGUUUGCGCUUUUGCGCUCUUCACCCAGUGCGCUCUUACCCAGUGCCUCGGCCGCAUCGGCACCCCGCUAGCCGGUCCUCUGGCCGCUCGCCCUGCUUUGGCCCUCGAUGGUCUGGGUUAUGACGCUUGGGGCUACGAUGGCCUCACUGGCUGGACCGCCGGCCGUCUCGGUUGCGGCACUUACGGACCCGCCAUCGCCCCCGCCGUAGACAUUGCUGCCGCCAGCACCCUCAACGCCGCCUACGGUGGUGGUCUGCCCGUCGCCACUGCCUCCCCCGCCGCCCCCACCGGCCUCGCUGUUGCCUCUGAGAAUGUGUACGAAGGUGCUGUCGCUGUAGCUGGUAACCUGCCGUUCCUCGGCACCGUCGCUAUGGAGGGAGUGUUCCCGACCGCCGGCGCUGGCGCUGUGUCGUACGGUUGCGGUGACGGUGCUGUCGCCAUCACUGCCGAGGGUCCCAUCGCUGGCCCCGCCGCCAUUGCUCCCGCCAUGGCCCCGCUCGGCCUCGCUGCUGUUGGCCCUGCUGCCAUCGCCCCCGCCGCCGCUAUCGCCCCAGCUAUGGCUCCUCUCGGCAUCAGAGGAAUCGGUGCCCGUGGAUGCGGUUGUGGUGCUCCAUACCUGUACUAGAUAUUUGAAAUCGACAUUAUGUAAAAUAUAAUACAAAUGGUAAAUAAUA